AUGCCAGGCAUAGGCAAGAGUGUCACUUUGGUCUUCCAUAACCUGGCCAAAGUACUGCACAAACGCGGACACCAAGUUUACGUCAUUGUCGGCUCAAAUUUCCCUAUCCCCGACUCUACCAAGGACGGCAGUGUAAAUUAUCUGACGUUCAAAACGGACAAGGAGUACAUUUUCGCUUCGGAGGAGUUUCAGAGGAAUGACGUCAAAGAUAUGAUACAAAGUGACGGCGAUAUGGUGACCAAUUUCAGGAUGGUGAGAACUGCGUCCGAGUUCUUCACGUACCAAUGUGCAGAAAUGUUGGAGGACCAGGAAUUAUUCGUUAAACUUUUGUCGCUCAAGUUUGACGUGGCUGUGAUAGGGGCGUACCCGUUCCUUGCCAACUGUCAAAUUCUGCCGUACAAACUGGACUUGCCUGUAAUCAGUAUUACGUCAUUCACCUCGUUACUAGGUCAGGCAGGGGUGCCUCUUCUCCCCUCUGUUGUACCUUCCUUGUUCACGACCUUCAAUGAAGACAUGGACUUCAUGGAACGUGUUCAGAACUUUAUGAUAACACUGGUUUCUAAUUUUAUAUCUACACCUUCAAUACCUGCGGAGUUGGUGCAGAGACACGUGUCCCAUAAGCCAAUUAAAACAUUCAACGAAUUUCUGAGAGACAGUAUACUUUGGCUGGUUAUAAGCGUGAAUCCUGCCCUAGAACCGAUCCCUACCCUUCCCAAUGUGAUCCUACUUGGAGGGAUGGGUGUGAAACAACCUGCGGCUUUGCCAGACCAUCUGGAAGCGUUUGUACAGAAAUUCAAAUCCCAGGGAGUGGUGGUUGUUUCGUUUGGCUCUGUCGUGAAAUAUUUACCUACAGAAAUCAGCAAAAGAUUCCUGGGUGUGUUCAGCAAGCUGAAAUACGGAGUCGUAUGGCGUUACAGUGGAGAAGACUUGGGGGAAAUACCGCCCAAUAUCAAACUGAUGUCUUGGUUACCACAAGGCGAUCUUCUAGCACAUGACAGUGUGAAAGUUUUCCUGUCCCACUGUGGCAACGCCGGUUUGUACGAGGCGCUAUUUAACGGCGUCCCAGUAUUGGCGAUGCCAAUCGCCGGAGAUCAGCCUUACAACGCUGAGCGACUCGUUAAGAGAGAGUUAGCUAUAAAGAUGUCCCACUGUGGCAACGUUUUCUCCUGA